AUUUCUAUUGUCUUUCUUAUGAGAGGUAUAUCCGCUGCAACCUUUAACUCCUUUCUUAUUCCAACAGAACUAUCACAGUUUCACAGUCCACCAUGGCGGACGAACAAGAGAUAAUGUGCAAGCUAGAAAACAUCAAAGAAAUAAGGAAUAAGACAAUUCAGAUGGAGAAGAUCAAAUCUCGACUGAGGAGUGAGUUUGAAGCUCUGGAGUCAGAGGAGAAGCACCUGAGAGAGUACAAACAGGAAAUGGAUCUUCUGCUGCAGGAGAAAAUGGCUCAUGUAGAGGAGCUGCGUCUUAUACAUGCUGAUAUUAAUGUGAUGGAAAACACUAUCAAACAGUCUGAAAGUGACUUGAACAAGCUGCUGGAGUCCACCAGACGUCUCCACGAUGAAUACAAGCCACUGAAAGAGCACGUGGAUGCCCUGAGGAUGACCCUCGGCUUACAGAGACUCCCCGACCUCAGCCAGGAAGAGGAGAAGCUCUCACUGGACUACUUUGAAAAGCAAAAGGCUGAGUGGCAGACAGAACCUCAGGAGCCUCCUAUCCCAGAAUCCUUAGCGGCGGCAGCGGCUGCAGCCCAGCAACUGCAAGCUGCACGGAAACAGGAUGCCAGACAGACAGCGACGUUCCGCCAGCAGCCACCACCUAUGAAGGCCUGUCUGUCCUGCCACCAGCAAAUCCAUCGGAACGCUCCGAUUUGUCCUCUCUGCAAAGCCAAAAGUCGCUCACGCAACCCUAAAAAACCCAAGAGAAAACCCGAUGAGUAGCAUGCACAGCUACUAACAACCUCAGAGAAAGCUUGACCAACACCCAUAACCCCAAAAGAAAACAAUUUACUUACAUAAAUGCAUGCAAGCACAUUUCCACACAUACACUCACUGACAGUCGCCACACGCUUAUUGCUCAUCUAUAAACCCAGACCAGUCCCGAGGUCUCAGUUUUUCAUUCAUUUUUAUAUUGAUAUUUUGUUUGUAUUGUGUCUGUGUUUAGUCUGUAGAGGAAAUGAAUGCUGGUUUAGGAAUACUGAAGUGUACUAUUCUGUGUGGGGUUUAAUUCUAGUGCAUUAGAUCCUAAUUUCUCCAGAACUGUUUGUAUGGUAUUCAGUUAACGCUUAAACUGAUCUUUAAUCAUUUUAAUUCAUUAAUAAUGGUAUGAUUUUGCCUAUGUCUUUUAAUGUUUUUCCAUCAUGAAAACACGAUUUUCUCUUGUAUUAUGUAACGUCAGUGUUUUGAAUGUCUUGAGGGCCGUUCACACAAGAUGUAGAUGGAGUGCAUUGUAAUGGAUGAGAAGUUGAAGCAUCUUUAAAAACGUGGUGCUAAUGGCAGGAGACGCUGAAAAGAUGGCCAUCGAAACAAAUACUCUAGAUACAGAAGCCAACAAUCAAUGCAGACUAAAUGCAAAUACAUGUGUGAACAGCCCUUUAGUAGUAGAGUAAUUAUGAAACACAAGUUGAAUGAGAAUUCUAAACCUUGAGUUCUUCUAGAACUAUCAUUCAAUUUGUGCAAAUGAGCUGGUAUUUGUGUUUUGGAAUUUGACCCAAGGGGCAUUAAGAGCUUGUUAGAAUCUUCAGUAUUGAAUCAUUGUGUUUAUGUCUCAUCUUUUAUGAGAGUCCGUUUUUUAAUAAUUGAAACCUGUGAACUAAUAAGGUAGAUACCUGUAAACUUGUGUAACUUUUGUCCAAAUUAAAUUGUAGAAUAAUACAAUUCA